AUGGAGGUGAUACUGGCCUAUGAAGAGAAGCAGAGAGGACAGUGGGGUUUUGACCGCCCAGCCCAGGCUGCACUUACUGUUUCACAAAUCUGGUGGGUUUCAGGUGUUGAAAUGGCACUCAAUAGGCUGGAAGAGGGCUUGGCAUCAGCCCUGAAGGAUUGCCACGAGAAGCAGGCCACCAGUUCUGGAGCUUUUGGUUGGCUGCCACAGCUACGCCACAGAUGGGCUGACACCCAGCAACACUGUUUUGCCAACGUUUGCGAUGCUCAGUUUCAGUACUUCUUAAAGUCCUCGGGAAAUACCCCUUGGCUAGUUAUUACACCUUUGACUGACGGGUGUUACAUUACUCUAACCCAGUCUCUCCACAUAACAACGAGCGGUGCUUCUGCAGAAGCAGCUGGUGCAGGUAAAACAGAGACCAUCAAAGAUCUAGGCUGUGCCCUUGGUAUGAUGGUAUACGUCUUCAGCUGUUCUGAGGAGAUGGAUUACAAGUCUGUAGUGAAUACCUAUAAAGGUUUGAUCCAGACAGGAGCUUGGGGAUGCUUUGAUGAAUUUGGUUGCGUCUCGUUAGAAGUCCUGUCCAUGGUGGCAGUACUAGUAAAGACCAUCCACGAUGCAGUCGGGAACAAGAGAAGGAGAUCUUCAUUCCUUGCUGAAAACAUUACAUUGAAGUCACCAGCUGGAAUAUUUAUUACCAUGAACCCCGGAUAUGCAGGUCGGACAGAACUACCUCAGAAGCUCAAAGCUCUGUUCAGACCCUGUGCCGUGGUUGUCCCUGACAUUGAACUGAUCUCUGAAAUCAUGUGGGUUGCUGAAGGGUUUGUCGAUUCUUGUCUGUUAGCCAGGAAGUUUAUUACCUUGUAGCUCUGUAGGGAGCUGCUUUCUAAACAGGACCAUUGUGACUGGGCACUUUGUGCUAUCAAAUCUUUUGCUGGGUCACUGAAGUGAGGAGACGAGAAGAGACCUGAGGAUCAGGUGCUUAAGUUAGCCUGAAGAGACUUCAAUUUGCCUAAAAUAGUGACAGAUGAUAUCCCAGUUCUCAUGGGCCUGAUCAGUGACCUGUUUCCAGCUCUGGAUGUUCCAAGGAAGGGGAACUUGCAAUUUGAACAGAUGGUUAAACAAUCUACCCUGGAGCUUCACUUGCAGCCUGAAGAGAGCUUUAUUCUCAAAGUUGUUCAGCUGGAGGAGGUUCUGGCAGCAUGUCAUAUGUUUGUUGUUGGAAAUGCAGGGCCUGGAAAGAGCAAGGUGCUGAUAGUUCUGCAUCACGUGUACAUGAACAUGAAACAAAAGCCCAUUUGGAAUGACCUUAACCCAAAAGUUCAGACAGCUGAUGAACUGUUUGGUUUUACACACCGCGCAACCGAAGCACGGAAAGAUGGCAA